AUGACAGCACCCGCCACCCGCCAAGAGGUCGAACGUGUCGUUGCAGCAUUGAGUCCACAAGUGGGUGAAAUUGCGAGUUUGUUCCCCGAGAAAAUGGUCAAAUGGGGAAUAUACGACAUGUACGAUCAUCCGGCACCAAAAUUCGCUCAGGGUCUAGUAUGCAUCGCUAGAGACGCCGAUCACGCCAGCAGUCCACAUCAGGGUGCUGGAGCCUGCAUAGGUGCUGAGGACGCGCUUAUACUUUGCGAGGUCCUUAAUACGGCACAAACUAGCAUGACUCUGAACAGCGGACUUGAUGAACAAGAACACGAACAAGAAAGAGUCAUUUUCUGUAGAUCAACCGUUGAGCGAGCCUUAAAUGCCUACUCUGAGACGAGAAAGGAGCGUAGCCAGUGGCUUGUGCGUAGCUCUCGUGAGAUGGGCGAGAUGUAUCAGUGGCGCUAUGGGCCGACUGGCAGGGACUAUCAGAGGUGCCAUGAAAAGCUUGAACAGGCAUCACGGGUAUGUCCAGGAGAGCAUUUGGACGUUGAAAGUGUUGACGCUUGGGUGAGGCUUUGA